UGUGCGCCUUUCCGUGGAAUUCUCUUGUCCUCCUUUUUUGUCCUUCCACUUUUGCUUUAGAUAACUCAGCUAAAGCAUUGCUUCCUCUGGCAGGUCUUCAUUGAUUGCUCUUUGAUUGAUAUAUUCCUACACUGUGUGUCACUUAUUACAUUGGCGAUCAUUAUGUAUGCUCUUUCAGAGUGUAGGAAACCAUGGCUUAUUUAACUUGGGAAUCACAGCACCAGUGAAAUACUCCACACAAACAGGUAGUCUUCUACUUUUUUUAAAUUGAUGAAUCAAUAAAAGAUUAAUCUUAUUAUGCAUUUAAGUUUCCCUCCUUGUUUUCUAGGAAACCUACAUCUAAUAUGUGAAUCAGGUCCUAUGCAGACUGGAUGGAAUCAAAGAACAACGUAACUUUCUUUGUCCUCCUGGGCCUCACACAGGAUGGAAAGGAACAGAAGUUUCUGUUUGUUAUAUUCUUGCUCUUCUAUAUUUUGACGGUGGUGGGCAACCUGCUCAUUGUGGUGACUAUAGCUGUCAGUAAGACGCUGGGCUCCCCUAUGUACUUGUUUCUUGCUAACUUAUCUUUUAUGGAUGUCACUUAUUCGUCUUGCAUUUCCCCCAGAUUGAUUUCGGACUUGUUCUUUGGGGAAAAUACCAUAUCCUUCCAAUCUUGUAUGACCCAGCUAUUUGUAGAGCACUUUUUUGGUGGAUCAGAGGUCUUUCUUCUGCUGGUGAUGGCCUAUGACCGCUAUGUGGCCAUCUGUAAGCCCUUGCAUUAUUUGGUUGUCAUGAGACAGUGGGUGUGUGUUGUGCUCCUGGUAGGCUCCUGGGUUGGAGGUUUUCUGCAUUCAGCCAUUCAAGUUAGCACUAUUUAUAGUCUCCCAUUCUGUGGUCCCAAUGUCAUUGAUCAUUUCACCUGUGAAAUGUACCCCUUAUUGAGACUUGCCUGUACUGACACAUAUGUCAUUGGCCUGUUAGUGGUGGCCAACGGAGGGAUGAUGUGCACAAUUGUGUUUGUGCUCUUGCUCAUCUCUUAUGGUGUCAUCUUGCACUCUCUAAAGAACCUUAGUCUGGAAGGGAGGCGGAAAGCCCUCCAGACCUGUGGUUCCCACAUCACUGUGGUGGUCUUCUUCUUUGUGCCAUGUAUUUUCAUGUACGUGAGACCUGCUAAGACCUUCCCUAUUGACAAAUCAGUGAGUGUGUUUUAUACAGUCAUAACCCCCAUGCUGAACCCCCUGAUCUACACUCUGAGAAAUUCUGAGAUGACAAAUGCUAUGAAGAAGCUCUGGAUGAGACAUGUGUUUUCUGUUGGUGUGUAA